AUGUUAACGAGGGAAUUCAUUGACGAUAGCUUGUAUAAUCCGCAUUAUGGGUAUUUUUCGAAACACGCGACCAUCUUCAGCCCCGGAGAACCGUUUAAUUUUAACACGAUCGAAGAUGGACCUGCCUUUCACCGGAUGUUAGGAGAACGCUACACCGAGUUUGAAGACCUUCUGGAUAGCGUGAAACCGGACAUAGCUCGCCAGUUGUGGCACACCCCUACCGAAUUAUUUCGACCCUACUACGGGGAAACCAUCGCGCGAUACCUCGUGUCAAAUUAUAAGCUGACCCUGUACCCCUACCACGACCUGAUCAUAUACGAAAUGGGUGCUGGAAAUGGAACUCUGAUGAUAAACAUUCUUGAUUUCAUCCGCGACACGGACUACGAGGUCUAUCAGAGAACAAAGUUUCGCAUCAUUGAGAUUUCCCCGGCUCUCGCCGGACUCCAGAUGAAGAACUUGACCGAAUCCCUCCACGCUGCAGGCCAUCUAGACCAUGUCGAAAUUAUCAACAAGUCCAUUUUCGAGUGGGAUACAUACGUACACUCGCCAUGCUUUUUCCUCGCACUCGAGGUUUUCGAUAACUUUUCGCAUGAUGCGAUUCGUUACGACUCCAAAACAGAAUUGCCCCAACAAGGCGGGGUGCUGAUUGACGCAGACGGCGAGUUCCACGAAUACUACAAUGCGCAACUUGACCCUGUGGCUGCUCGAUUCCUGCGCGUUCGGCAAGCCGCAGCCCGACGUGAAUUCCCCAGUCCACUGGGUCCGCGGCUCACCCGCCAGGUCCGCGGAGCUCUACCUUUCCAGAAACCCUUCACCCUGCCCGAGUACAUCCCGACUCGGUUAAUGCAGUUUUUCGACAUCCUCGACAGUUACUUCCCCGGCCACAGGCUUGUAGCUAGUGACUUCAGCAGCCUACCGGAUGCGGUCCCAGGUGUGAACGCGCCUGUGGUGCAAACCCGAUACAAAAGACGAACAGUUCCUGUCUCGACUCCAUUUGUCCAUCAAGGCUACUUCGACAUCUUCUUCCCCACCGAUUUCAACGUCAUCGAAGACCUCUACCGUGCCGUGACCGGGAAGCUGACACAAGUGAUGAGCCAUGAAGAUUUCAUGGGACGCAAAAUGACAGUCCCGCACUGGAAACCCAUCGUCCUUCAAAAACGCGAAGCCCAGUUGCAAUCCAUUCCUGCAGCCUGGCACCUCCCCAAAUCCACCAUCACUUCCCCAGACACCAGCACCCUCGACACCAUCCGCAGCUGCGGCAUCCUCUCCACCCAGGAACUCCAAUGGACAGAGAUGAAAGAUGUCCCGGAGCUUAUGCGCCUGCUCACUUCGCGCGCGGUCAGCUCUGUACAGAUGACAACGGCGUUCUGUAAGCGGGCAGCAGUCGCGCAGCAACUAACGGGAUGUCUGACGGAGAUAUUCUUUGAUCGGGCAUUGGAGAGGGCGAAGAAGCUAGAUGAGGAGCUUGAGAGGACGGGGAAGGCGACGGGGCCGUUGCAUGGGUUGCCAGUUUCUGUUAAAGAUCGGUUUAAUGUAGAGGGGUUUGAUACGACUGUUGGGUGGGUUGGGCUGGUAGGAAAGCCAGCAGGCAGUUCUAGCUCUGUUGUGCGGCUGUUGGAGUCGAUGGGAGCAGUUCUAUAUGUCAAGACUAAUAUCCCGCAGUCCUUGAUGAUGUCCGACUCCUACAACCAUGUCUUCGGCCAGUCAGUCAAUGCGUUCAAUCGUCAGUUGAUCUCCGGUGGUAGCUCAGGAGGUGAAGGUGCUCUAGUCGGUGCAGGUGGUCCAAUGGCUCGAAGCCUCUCGACAGUAGAAUACUUCAUGCAGGGCCUUCUCGAAUCCGAUCCUUGGAAUGUGGAUCCGGGAUGUAUUCCUCUCCCAUGGCGGAAGGAAUUAGCUGCAAUGCCAACACGGAAGCUCAAACUUGGUAUUAUCUACGAUGAUGGGGUUGUCAGACCUCAGCCUCCGGUUACGAGGGCUAUGCGGGAUGUAGCACAAAAGCUGAAGGAUGUCGGUCACGAAGUAAUCGAGUGGGACACUUCCCUCCACGUCAAAGGCACAAAUAUGUGGACCAAGGCUGUUCUUGCAGAUGGUGGUCAUCAUUGUCGCCAGCUAUGUGAGAUUGUGGACGAGCCCUUAAUCGAGGGCAUGGUUGUCGGCACCCCAGCAGACGAGCUCUCAAUAUCCGAGCGCGAGAAGCUUGAAGAAGAAAAAUGGGAGUUUCAAGAAGCCUUCCUAAAGCAGUGGGUCGAGAGCGGCGUUGACGCACUUCUGAUGCCGGUGACCCCAUGGGUAGGAUAUAAACCCAAAACCUGGGUUGUCAGCAAGCAAUGGCUAGGGUACACGGCCAUGUGGAACCUGCUGAAUUACGCGGCAGUCACUAUUCCAGUAGCAUAUGCAGAUACGGAACUGGACAAGCCUGAUUCCAGGUGGGCGGACUAUGUGCCUAGGAACGAAUCGGAUGCAUUCAACCAUGCGCAGUAUGAUAUUGAACUGGUCAAAGAUAUGCCAGUCACCGUCCAAAUUGUCGGAGGUCGUUUUGGAGAGGAAAAGGCCGUUGCUGUUGGCAAAGUAGUGGACGGACUAUUUUCUGCUUGA